UGAGGGGAGGCGGGGCCGCCCCGCGCGCCCGUCGCGGCUGCGCCGGCGCCGCCACCCCCACAGCGGGCGGCGGUUCGUGCGCGGGGCCGGCGGCCGGCGUGGGACCGACGAGGGCGGGAAGGCGCUUUCGCUGAACGCCGGCACGGUUUCCUAGAUCUAAAAGAAAGGCUGAGUUAGAGUACCCUUCCAAAAUGGCUGCUAUUAAGGAAGAGAGAGAAGUGGAAGACUACAAGAGGAAAGGAAGACGAUCCUCACAGCAGAAAUACCGUAGACUGAAUAAGGGCCAUGAGCCAAAGGAGCCAGAGCAGUUGAGAAAGCUGUUCAUUGGAGGUCUGAGCUUUGAAACAACAGAUGAUAGCUUGAGAGAGCACUUCGAGAAAUGGGGCACACUCACGGACUGUGUGGUGAUGAGAGACCCACAAACAAAACGUUCCAGAGGCUUUGGCUUUGUGACUUACUCCUGUGUGGAGGAGGUGGAUGCUGCCAUGAGCGCUCGACCACAUAAGGUUGAUGGACGCGUGGUUGAACCAAAGAGAGCAGUUUCAAGGGAGGAUUCUGUGAAGCCUGGGGCACACCUCACAGUAAAGAAAAUAUUUGUUGGUGGAAUUAAAGAAGAUACAGAAGAAUAUAAUUUAAGGGAGUACUUUGAAAAAUAUGGCAAGAUUGAAACCAUAGAAGUCAUGGAAGACAGGCAGAGUGGAAAGAAGAGAGGCUUCGCUUUUGUAACUUUUGAUGAUCAUGAUACAGUUGAUAAAAUUGUUGUUCAGAAAUACCAUACUAUAAAUGGACACAACUGUGAAGUUAAAAAAGCACUCUCAAAACAAGAGAUGCAGACUGCUAGCUCUCAGAGAGUGAAAUAUUUUGUAGGUCGUGGGGGUGGCUCAGGCAACUUCAUGGGCCGUGGAAACUUCGGAGGCGGUGGAGGGAAUUUUGGCCGAGGAGGAAACUUUGGAGGGAGAGGAGGCUAUGGGGGUGGUGGUGGCGGUGGUGGGAGCAGAGGAAGCUUUGGGGGUGGUGACGGAUACAAUGGAUUUGGUGAUGGUGGCAACUAUGGAGGUGGUCCUGGCUAUGGCAGCAGAGGAGGUUAUGGUGGUGGUGGAGGACCAGGAUAUGGAAACCCAGGUGGUGGAUACGGAGGUGGGGGAGGAGGAUAUGAUGGCUACAAUGAAGGAGGAAAUUUUGGUGGUGGUAAUUAUGGUGGAAGUGGAAACUACAAUGAUUUUGGCAAUUACAGUGGACAACAGCAGUCUAACUAUGGUCCCAUGAAAGGUGGUGGCAGCUUUGGUGGCAGAAGUUCAGGCAGUCCCUAUGGUGGUGGCUAUGGAUCUGGAAGUGGAAGUGGGGGCUAUGGUGGUAGAAGAUUCUAAAAAUGCUACUAGAAAAAGGGCUACAGUUCUUAGCAGGAGAGAGAGCGAGGAGUUGUCAGGAAAGCUGCAGGUUACUUUGAGACAGUCGUCCCAAAUGAAUUAGAGGAACUGUAAAAUCUGCCACAGAAGGAACGAUGAUCCAUAGUCAGAAAAGUUACUGCAGCUUAAACAGGAAACCCUUCUUGAUCAGGACUGUCAUAGCCACAGUUUGCAAAAAGUGCAGCUAUUGAUUCAUGCAAUGUAGUGUCGAUUAGAUGUACAUUCCUGAGGUCUUUCUCUGUUGUAGCUUUGUCUUUCUUUUUUCUUUUUAUUUUCCCAUUACAUCAGGUAUAUUGCCCUGUAAAUUGUGGUAGUGGUACCAGGAAUAAACAAAUCAAUGAAUUUUUAACUUUUCAAUAUUUGUGUAGUUCAGUUUUUCCACAUUUAGUGCAGAGAACUCUAUAACAGAAAUGAAAUGUAGUUUAGGGUGUUUCCUUGUUAGUUAAUAGAGAAGAUAAAUGCAUUUUUCAAUUACUAUUUUGUAUUAAUUUAAAGUUAACAAUAGAAACACCUAUUGAUUUGCAGUCUUAAGGGGUCUAGUCUCAGUGUAUAUACGUAACUGUCAUUGACAUGAGUUUCAUAGGCAUACAGAGGGAAAACAUCUGUAUGUUGCAUUAUAGUUUGUUUAGAUGUAUAACUAGGAUUGAGUUACUCAAAUUAGUGUUUGUGAAUCAUAGAACUAAGCUUUAUCUUAAUGAAAACUUUAAAUUACUUUUUGGUUUGUGCAUAUUUUUUUAAUUUGUAGUUCUGUAUUAGUACUAGCGCUUCAAGAAAAAAAGGCAUGAUAAAUAUUUUAACAAGACCAACUUUAGACACAUGAAAGCUGUCUCCCGUCUCAUUUGAGAUGCAUAAGGGAUAACUGAAGUUGUUUAAGUCUUGGGUGGAGAGAAAAAGAAAUUUGCUUUUUACCUUUAUAUUUAUUGUAAUUCCCGAGAAGUUAAGGUGGGGGGAAUCAAGUGCCUGUUUCCUUGGGAUAUACAAUGAUUCUGUUUCAAUAAAACUAUACUUUGGGGAGGGUGGCUUGGAAUUUUCAUCCCCUUUGUCCCCAUUUCCUUUUCCCUCGCACCAGACUGCACUGUUUCAAUUAAAUGAGGCUUCAUAGUGAGAGUAAUAGGUAUGUUACUCAAUAAUUUAAUGGCUAUAUACUUUCUUGCAUGCACCCUAGGCAAUUUUCUGGACACAUACUUCUGACUGGGAGCCAAGGGUAGCACAGGUGUAAUCACUGACAGUCCCAGGUAAUGCGUUCCAAAAGCCCAUUCCCCAUGGGCUCUUAAAUAGAGUUCUUGAGCUGUUUCCCUGGCAGAUGUCUGUGCUCAGCUGAGAGCUCAAAGAUAAAAGAUAAAACAUGAUCUAGUUGUAUUUUACCGACCAGAAGCACUCCCACAACAUAGAGGGGUACGGUCCCGAGUUCCCACAGGUAGAAUGAUAGUGUGCUACAACUGGAUUUGGUGCAGUGGAGUAGAAAAUAUGACCAGUACACGUGGCUAGCAAUUGUACUUCAUUCUCACUUCUGACCUCCAAAUUAAGGCACUGCAGUCUGUCCUGUCCUCAUCUGAUGUGAAUUCUCUUGACUAUUGCCAGGCCAGUGCUUGCUGUAAAUUCACUCAGAAGAGUAGGGACCCAGUCAAUAAAAGAAAUACUCAGACACUUGGCAAUAUGUAUUGGAAUUACUCACACCUGUUUCACUUCUGGGUCAAUGUGCAGAAUAAGGUAAAUGCAAUUCCAGUGUAGGAAUGAAUCUGCAAAGAUGUAUGAAAUGGCUUAAGGCAUAAUCAGUCAUAUUAAUAAUGAAUUAUAAUUUUUAAGAAGUGGUAGAAAAAUAAGUGUGUUGUUUGAAAAAAAUUAAACAUAUGUUAUUUAAA